AUGGCUGACGAUCCGGCCAAUUUUGCGAAGAUGCUCGAGGCAGAGCUGCGGACACGUGUUUCCGACCUGAUCAGGGACAAUCCUAGUAUGACGCCCAAGGAAGCGAUGGUCAAAGCCUCCCAAGAACGUCUCACAAACAAUCCAUUUCAACCCCCACUGCACGGUUGCCCGAUCAACACUCUGCCUCCAGAGCUUCUUGCUCAUAUCUUUGAGAUUGGUCGGGCGAUGGAGGAACAGGAUGAAGAUGAUGACGGCUACGACGAAGGGGACGACUAUGGAGAUGACGAGGUUGACGAUGAAUGGACCGACGACGAGGAUAUUGAAGUGAUCGACGAGGAAGUGGUGGAGGAUGAAGACGUGGUCAUGUCGAGUCCCAAGAAGCCGUUUUCCCCUCUAGAGGCGGUCGAUCCCCCACAAUCAGACUCCGGAUCAGAAGAGGACGAGGAGGAGGAGUUGCACCCGUCAUUCCAGGUCCUUGUUAGCCACGUGUGCCGCCACUGGCGAGAAGUCUCUCUUGCUGCCCAUACGUUGUGGACUACCCUCAAGUUCAAUACGCACCUGAAUCUCGAUCGCGCCAAAACAUACAUCGAACGAGCAAAUGGUCUACCUCUAGACAUAUUCAUCGACUGCACACAUGAGCACCAACCCGAUCUGGAUGAUUUGGAGGAGCUCCCAGACUCGGAGAUGCCGUCACAUACUGUGCCCCCCAAUGCACACGCCGUCAUUCUCAGCAUGAAUCCCGUCACAGGAUCCGUCUCAGCCCUGGAACCAUUGUCAACUCCGAAGGAAAGCGACAUCUGCAUCCCGCUUCCGGAUCUCAUCACUAUCAUCGAGCUGCUUACUCCACAUGUGGAGCAAUGGCGGAUAUUCGAAGUCACGGUCAAGUACUUCACCCAUAUGCACGAGGUGCUCAAACGCAUCGCUCUUUUGCCCAGUGCGCCUCUACUGGUAGAAAUGGGUUUGUACAAUUACGAGGACUUUGACGAGGAGGAUGCGGAUGACGAAUUCGAGACGUUCAAGCCUGCAGAGUUGCGCGAACCGCUGCUCCCGUUCGGGGGCAACGCACCGAAGCUGAAGAAUGUCGCGUUCUGGGCCGUGCAUAUUGAUUGGGAUCAAGCUCUUGAAAAGGGUCUGCUCACAGGGCUGCACGAAAUCGAGCUCGCGUACCAUGCUAAAGACGUCCGGCCGUCGUUCGAGACAUUCAAGAGUAUGAUCGAUUCUUCGCCGCAACUCUCUCUGCUUUCAAUGUGUCUUUCGGGAACUACCGGGGAGAUGACCACGGUCGAAUUGCCGUCUUUGCGAUCGUUGGUCUUGUGUGUGCUGGAGGCCGAGUAUGUCGCUCUUUUGGUGCAAGCGUUCGUCAUGCCGCAGUUGCACGACCUCACUUUGGACCUCCACGACGAAGACUUCACCGACUUUGCGCUCCAACUUGCCGAGGCGCGCAGCGAGACGGAGGGGCGACGAUCGCUGCUUUCCGGACUGACUGCACUAAAGUUAACAAGCUUCCCGUGCAACGACGCCGCUGCGGACAAGAUGAUGAGCCAGCUGGAUUCGCUCGAGCGGUUCCAGCUCAACUGUGUCGAUCCUCCGGAACGGGUCUUCGCCCUGGGUCUGAUCAAAAUUAAGGACAAUGCGCCUCUCUACUGCCCGAAGCUGCAGGCUCUGCGAAUUGAGGGGAUCGGCCCCAACCAGCUCAAGAAGUUGAUCUCUGCGCGCAAGUCAGUCGGUGCCCCGAUUCGUAAGCUCUACCUCAGCACCCACGAUGAAUUGGAGGUUGCCCGCGAGCAAUGGGUCCGGGAUAACGUUGAGGAGUUCGAUUACUUCGAUCCUUCAGACGAUGAAGUGGCGCUGGUAGACGACGACAUGAUGAUAGAAGAUGAUGAAGGGUCCGACGGGUCCGACGAUUGGGAUGGCUCCGACGAAGAAUAA